CAAGAAACCGACAAUUCGCACCGUGGGAUUUUCUCGCAUCUCUUCGUUUGAGAGCCCAAUAUACCCCUUACCGACGAAACCGAACUCGCCUCUAUCCCACAAUCAUGGGCAAUAGGCAUUUACUCAAACACGAUUUCGGAAACCUCCCUCAAGGCGCCUCCGAUGUCUUCCGUCCUUUUGUGGUUGAUACGCCUCAAACCGACAUCGAUGCGUUGAAGACACUGCUGCGCCUGAGUAGAGUAGGUCCUAAAACCUACGAAAACAAUCUGUCGGAUCGGAGACUUGGUUUGCAAUUGGAUUGGCUACAGCAGGCUGUGAAGCAGUGGGCGGGACCCUUUGACUGGCGCAAAUCGGAGGAGCAUAUCAAUUCUUUUCCGAACUACGUCUCUCCCGUACGUGAUGACGAUGGCAAGGUUUACGACAUACACUUCACUGCCCUCUUUUCGAAGAAACAGAACGCCGUACCGGGACUACUCCUUCACGGCUGGCCAGGCAGCUUCCUCGAGUUCUUGCCAGUCCUAGACAAGCUCCGACAUGAGUACAUUCCCGAUACUCUGCCAUAUCAUUUGAUCGUGCCCUCACAUCCUGGCUAUGGCUUCUCAAGUGCACCUCCACCAGACAAAGAUAUGCGCCUUGAAGAUGCUGCUGGAUUGCUUAACAAGAUGAUGGUAUUGCUGGGGUUUAGGAACCAGGGUCAUGUUGUCCAAGGAGGGGACGUAGGAAGCAAGGUUGCAAGAGUCAUUGCUGCUGAACAUGACAGUUGCAAAGCAAUCCACAUCAAUUUCUGCAUCAUGCCCGAGCCUGCAGAGGACCAGAUCGACAAGCAGAUCCCGAUGUCACAUGCUGAAGAGGAAGGCCUACGUCGCGCAGAGUGGUUCAAGCGAAUAGGUAGUGCUUAUGCUUUGGAACAUGCAACCCGACCGAGCACAAUUGGCUUCGCUUUGGGGAGCAAUCCGGUCUCGCUGCUCGCGUGGAUUGCCGAAAAGUUUUUGGACUGGACGGAUGAAGAUCCUCCCAUUGACUUAAUCCUUGAGUCUGUCACUCUUUAUUGGCUGACCGACUCUGCCUCUACUUUGUUGUGGCCUUAUCGCCAGCUCUUCACACCGGGAGUUAUUGGAGCGCACGAAAACUCUGCUUGGCGAAUUCCAGAUCACAAACCUUUCGGAUUUUCAUGGUUUCCGAAAGAGCUUGCGCCCAUUCCGCAGGCUUGGGCGGCCACUACUGGCAAACUGACCUUUUACAGGCAGCACGACAAGGGCGGCCAUUUCGCUGCAGUGGAAAAGCCCGCCGAAUUGUGGCAUGAUAUAUCAGAUUUUGUGGAGCAAGCCUGGGAAAGACCACCACAUGAAGCUCCAGAGCAAGAGAGUUCUGCCCGAUGAGGAUACGGCAGCAUCUGUUUAUGGGUAGUGUUGGUCAUGGACGAGUCUGCAGUGAACAAGAAUCAUCACAGCCGGAGUUUGGUGGUGGUGGCGUCCGUGUAAUCUUAAUUGGGCCACCUCUUGAUGAAUCGCCCAAAGCAGAUGGAUUGACAGCUGUCAUGGAAGUGAAGAAGGUGCCACAUGGAUGUCAGGGGAAGCCUUAGGAUUGGCGUAGAAAUGUUAGCGGCGUGAGUGGCCAGAUGUCUGUACCUGGAUAGGUAUGCUCC